GGUCAAACUGUCCUCGUUGUUAUCAGAUCAUCGCUGGCGGAAUGUUUGUGUGUGCACCGUCCACCUGUAAUCACGAGUUUGCUGCAGUGGAAAAGAUUACUCAUAAAAUCACAUGCAUGUUCUCCAGCUUCUUUCGGCGAGUCGACCAGAGUGAAGACUGAAAACAUUCGCACCUGUGGAAGGUUUAGGUGAGAUAUGGCCCCAGCGUUCAGACUACAGGCUCCAGGUGAAAGUCUGGACAGUUUUGCUCAGAGACAAAUUACAACAACACCUUUGGAAAGGACCAGAUUCGGUCAAGAUGUUGACACAUUUGUACAGAUUUUGCAUUCUCAAGCUUUUUGUGGCUCAUACACCGUGAAAGAAGUGGUAAAGAGUGGCUCACUGGGCAAGGGGACAGCAGUGAGGGACCUGGCUGACAUCGACCUUGUCGUCUUCAUCAAUGGCCUGACCAGCAUCGCAGACUUGCAGGCAAACAGAGGCAGGCUUCUUAAUGACCUGGAGCAAAAAGUCAAAAAUGUUUUGGGUAUCUCUCCAGUCAAACGCACACAAUAUUCCCUGUCCUUUAACUGGAACGGACACAAGGUGGACAUCUUGCCGGCAUUUGAUCUUCUGUCGAGGUAUGGAGGGUCACCAGCCAAUAUCUAUAAUGCCAUGGUACAGUUUGGACCAAAUGCAGCUCUAGAGUUUUCUGCAUCAUUAGCGCCACUUCAGGUGCAGUUCGUGAAACCAGUGCCUGAGCAUGUCAAGAGAGUUAUCCGCCUCCUGAAGCUAUGGGCAGAGGAAAGGAGCCUCAACAUCCGAUCCUACGCUUUGGAGCUGCUCACAAUAUUCCUCUGGCGCAGCCGAGGUGGGGGAAACCCCGGUACUGACUUUCUCUUUUAUGAGGCGAUAAAGCAACUGAUGAACUGUGGCUUUCUUCGCAUCGCUUUUGAUGACUACUACAACAGCUCCUACUACACCAGCAUCCUGACACGAGGUUACAUUCUGGACCCAGCUAACCCCUACAUGAACACCCUGGCGGGGGCGGACACUGCGAAAAUCUCUUUGCAAGCUAUAAUGAUAACUCUCCUGUGAUAGUGUAUCUGAGACUACAGACUCUACGAGAAGAAAACUUUGUGCCCACGCACCGUGCACCAGAACUUACACACCUACGUAUAUAUAUAUAUGCACAGUACAUCGUUUGUUUCUGUAGUCGUUGUGCUUAUCCUGGUAAUGUUAAGUGCAAAGAGCCUGGCUACAUGCUAGGAUUCCACGCAUUACAAGAAAAUUAAUUCUUAUUUUCUAUAAUUAUUACUAAAUAUUUCUCACAUGUGAUCGGUCCCUCUCGUCAGGUAGUCGACUCGUCUAAUAUGUAAAGAAAUGUACAAGAUGAAUGUCAUAGGUUUAAGAUAAGCCUUAGAUAAAUUACACAGGUAGACUGACAUCCCCUCUAACUCUAUAAAUGUAGAUGUUUUAGAACAAGUCUGUUUAUUUCUUAAUGAAAGUAGCACAUUGAAGAAUUAAUGAUUUAUAUAACGAACUGCUGUGAUAAUGUUAGGUUAGCAAUCACUAUUUUUCACAGUGAAACAGGCAAACAAACUUGUCCCUUUUCUUCUUAAUUGCAGACUCUAGAGCUCUCACCUUUAUGUGGUGUCCGCAAUCUUAAUAGAGAAAGCUAAUUAAAAGGAGAUAGUAUUUUCAGGAAAUGUUCUGAGCAUUUGUAAAGUAUAUCCUAAUCAUCUUUGUUUUGCUGAGUGAUUUUUUGAUAUUAUAUUUAUUACUUAAAUCCAAAUAUUUUUAGUAGUAUUUUAUUUUGUCUGAAAGUAACUGUAGAAUUUGCAUGCGGCAAAUAGCUUAUUGACAUUUUUGGGGUUAAUUUUUUUGUGUAUAUUCCGCGGGCUUCUUAUUUUGAUUAAAGAAAACUAACAAGAAUACAACAAGCUUUGGGCAGUGCAUGAAGGUCACUGCCAGAUCCUUGUCAUGUCAGAGCUUGUUAGAAUGUCAUGUUAUUGAUGUUUUUAACAUCGUAAUAUAACUCUUUAUUAUUUAAAACAUUAAACCAAACUGAAAUCUGGCUGUUGAACCUUUCAUUUGAUUAACAGAAAUUGAACGAAGGAAUCAAGACCGUUAUGUUUGAAGCAUGUUUGAUUGUUGUCACUUGAUCUCACUCGGAAUUCUGCUGGCGACUGUUUGCCUAUACAGAAAUUGGAGAAUAUAACUUUCUAGUCAUUUAUUUCCGAUAUGUCGCUUUUAUUUUUCGUUUGUAUUGGUGUGAAAUGCUUCCAAUUGUGUAUGUGGUUAUUGGAAAACAAAUAUGUAAAGCGAUCAAAGGGAGGUCACUCACAAUAACAAUACUGUUUCUUUCCUCAUUACAUUUUAGAAUCAGUUGUUUGAGAAUUAAGUGUUUUCCUAAGACAGCAACUGAAUACAGGUUCAGAACACAAAAGUAAACCUCGCUUUCUAAUACAAUGUUCUUUAUCCGGACAUGAUUGUCUGCGUGUGUAUGUGUGUAUAUGAGAAUGUUUUCUUUUCUUUGUUUAGAAAGCCGCCAUACAUUCUUGACCCAGCUAAUCCAUUUAUGAACACCUUGCAUGGGAGGCCUAAGGCCUCUCACUUAGUUUCUACGAAAGCCUGGAAGGUGCUCAAAACCCUGAAACAACAGGAUGAGUGAGUACGAGACUCAGACAUGUGAGACCAUCUACAAUGUGGAAAGAGAACUCUUUCAAACAGUCCACUCCGUGGUAAAUAAUCAAGAUCUUGUCAUCGAGAUUUUUACUUUGUGCCUCAAGCAAAUGUUAACAUUAUCUUAAAUUUAAUCAUCUUGUUGGCCUAGAAAUGCCCAGAAUUAAGACUUUAUGGGAUGGUCACUACAAACACUUUACUCAUUUCUUAUUGGGUUUUGUUACAUUUGUUUGUUACCUUUUUAUAUUACAUUCCUUUCAAUUUUUUUUUUUAUAUGCGAUUAGAAAUCACAGUUUACAAAUUAUAUCCUGAUAGUUGUUUCUAGACUUUAACAAGUUUUGGUUUUUUUGCUGUUAAGAAAAUCAUUCCUAAUUAGCAAAAGAAAAGACUUCAAAAUAGUCUCUCGAUAAUAUUGUAUCAGUGUAGAGACAAAUUUGUGUUUACUUUAACUAUGUUUAUUAAAUGCAGCUAAAUAAACAUUGCUGAAGUCAAAGUUA